UGUGUGCUCCAAGUUAGAAAAAAGCUUUUACGAGGUAUCAGCACUUUUCUUUCAUUAGGGGGAAGGAGUGAGGAAAGUACCAAACAGCAGCAGACGUUUAAACUUUAAAUAUAGACAGGUCUGAGUGCCUGAACUUGCCUUUUCAUUUUACUUCAUCCUCUAAGGAGUUCAAUAACUUGGCGUUCCUACUUCACUUCUUUUAAGAGAAAAGAGAGGUGCCCAGGCAACAUGGGUGACUGGAGUGCCUUAGGCAAACUCCUUGACAAGGUUCAGGCCUAUUCCACCGCUGGAGGGAAGGUGUGGCUUUCAGUCCUUUUCAUUUUCCGCAUCCUGCUGCUGGGGACAGCAGUUGAGUCAGCCUGGGGUGAUGAGCAGUCGGCCUUCCGCUGCAACACUCAACAACCUGGUUGUGAGAACGUCUGCUAUGACAAGUCCUUCCCGAUCUCUCACGUGCGCUUCUGGGUCCUGCAGAUCAUCUUCGUGUCUGUCCCCACGCUCCUGUACCUGGCACAUGUGUUCUACGUGAUGCGGAAGGAAGAGAAACUGAACAAGAGAGAGGAGGAACUGAAAGUUGCCCAAACUGACGGUAUGAAUGUGGAGAUGCACUUGAAGCAGAUCGAAAUAAAGAAGUUCAAGUAUGGGAUCGAGGAGCACGGCAAGGUGAAAAUGCGAGGGGGCUUGCUGCGAACCUACAUCAUCAGCAUCCUCUUCAAGUCCGUCUUCGAGGUGGCCUUCUUGCUGAUCCAGUGGUACAUCUACGGAUUCAGCUUGAGCGCCGUGUACACUUGCAAAAGAGAACCCUGCCCACAUCAGGUGGACUGCUUUCUCUCUCGUCCCACGGAGAAGACCAUCUUCAUCAUCUUCAUGCUGGUCGUGUCUUUGGUGUCUCUUGCCUUGAACAUCAUCGAACUCUUCUAUGUCUUCUUCAAGGGUGUUAAGGAUCGUGUGAAGGGGAAGAGCGACCCUUACCACGCUACCACCGGCCCGCUCAGCCCCUCCAAAGAGUGUGGAUCUCCCAAAUAUGCAUAUUUCAAUGGCUGCUCCUCACCAACUGCUCCCCUCUCACCCAUGUCUCCUCCUGGCUACAAGCUGGUUACUGGAGACAGAAACAAUUCUUCGUGCCGCAAUUACAACAAACAAGCAAGUGAGCAAAACUGGGCUAAUUACAGCGCAGAACAGAAUCGAAUGGGGCAGGCAGGAAGCACCAUCUCUAACUCCCACGCACAGCCUUUUGACUUCCCUGAUGACAACCAGAAUUCUAAAAAAUUGGCUGCUGGGCACGAACUACAACCACUAGCCAUUGUGGACCAGCGGCCUUCCAGCAGAGCCAGCAGUCGGGCCAGCAGCCGACCUAGGCCUGAUGAUCUGGAGAUCUAGAUCCAGGCUUGAGAGCAUUCCACUCAAUUGUGGAGAAGAAAAAGGUGCUGUAGAAAGUGCACCUUAGGUGUUCAUUUUGUUCCAGUGGAGGUGGUACUCAACAGCCUUUAUCAUGAGGCUUAGAAACACAGACACUAGAAUACCUGGGUUCAUUGGGGUAUUAGGGGUAGGCGGGUGGAGAGGGCGGGGGUAAGGGAAGUACAUGUUGGUAUUUAAUGUAGUUGAUUCAAAGAACUUAAGUUCUAAGUAAAAGUUGCAUUAGGUGAUACAUAGGUAAGGGCUUUUUCUCUCCCCCUCCCCGCACCCCCCAUAAAAAUAGUUCCUGUGUAUGUGAAAGAGUGGUUGAUAUUUUUGGCUAAAUACUUUUUUGUUUUACCGAGAAACUGAAAUAACUUUGGCCAGGAAAAAAUACUUUCUGAACAUCUUAUUUCUUUUCAUCAAGAAAAAAGAUGGAGGAUUGUUCUUAUGUCCCUGCUAAAACAUUCCAUUGUUAAAAUUUGCACUUUGAAAGUAAGUUUUCUAGGCCUGACCCUCCAGGUGUCAAUGGACUCAUGCUACUAUAGUCUUGGUAUCAGUUAAAAGUUCAGACAAGGCCCCCAGGAAAGGACUUUCCAUCCAUUUGCAAAUCUCAGCCAAGUUAUAUGUACAUUCUUUUUUACAUCCACUCGCAUCAUGUUACCAUCACUUUUUCAUCAUUCCUCAACUACUAUUCACAUUCAAUGAUUUCUGUAAACAUUUUUAAAAUAGUUGGGAUGUCACUUAAUUUGUUUUGAGUUGAGUCAGGGAAGCAAGCCAUGCUCAAUAUUUAACAAUCACUUGUAUGUGUAUGUGUGUGAAAGAGUGUGUUUUAUUUGUCAUGUAUUGGUACAAGCAGAUACAGUAUAAACACAAAAACAGAUUUGAAAAUAAUGUACCCACAGUGUUCACAUUUGAACCUUUCUCAUGGAUUUUGUGGUGUGGGCCAAUAAUGGUGUUUACAUAAUAUAAUUCCAGCUGUGCGAGUAAAGCACACUUUUUUCCUAAAAUGUUUUUUCCCCAUGUAUCCUAUUAUGGAUACUGGUUUUGUUAAUUAUGAUUUUUUUCCCUUUCUCUCUCUUUUUUAGAAUAUAGCAGUGAUGCUAUUGCUGAAAUGAAUGAUUUUUUUUUUCUGAAAUGUAAUAAUUGAUGCUUGAAUGAUAGAAUUUUAGUACUGUAAACAGGCUUUAGUAAUUAAUGUGAGAGAUUUAGAAGAAAUGCUUAGAGUGGACUAUUAAGUGUGCCUAAAUGAAUUUUGCAGUAACUGGCGUUCUUGGUUUUGUCCUACUUAAUGCACAUUAAUUCAGAAAUUAUAUUCUACUAUGAGUUUGACAGUCUUUCAGAGUGAUCAGCAACUUGGAUGUUUGCACUAAGAUUUUAUUUGGAAUGCAAAAGAGAUCGACAGAGGUUCAGUAGUACAGGUAACUAAUUUAUUUGCAAUAUAUCCUAAAGAAAUCUACCAGUUUCUUCAAAUGUCUUUUUAAAACUCAUCACAGAUGAUUAGUGAAAAUGCAGAGUAUCAUACUUUUCUUCUUGCAUGUCAUCUACAAAAACUGUUUUGUACAAUGAUAAAUACUAAUUUGUUUGACGUUCCAUGUUAAACUACUGUCAUGUUCAGCUUCAUUGAAUACAAUGUAAACCUAGUCCAUCAGAUCAUGUGUUCUGGAGAGUGUUCUUUAUUCAAUAAAGUUUUAAUUUAGUGUACA